AGUACAGAGAGAGAUUACUAGUUAUGUGGAAAAAAUACAUGGCCUUAAAAGGCGGCUGGCUUCAGUUUUCCAUUAGCGCAGUAACUCGAGCCCACUCACACACGCAGAAGAUAACGGUAACUCAGCUGCAGACAUUUAAUCUCUGCCUUGCAUUCUCGUUUUUCCUCCUUUUUGCACGCAACAAACGCAUCUGCCGCAACAGAAAAAACAAAAACAAGAACUAGUAUUAGAGCCGGGCGAAAGUUGAAUCUCAGCUUAGUGGCCAUCCCCUCCUCUCCUUUUCCGGCUGCAUUUCCCACUCUUAAUUGCCAGCCAUUUGUUUUAAGCUACUUAAAGACAAAAACAACUUGUGUGUGCCGCCGGUGCAAUAAACUCAUUGGCAUUGGCAGUAGUAAGGCAGAAAAAAGCAUCUGCGCAUACACUCUCUCAGAGAGUUUCCCCCAUUUUCCGCCAACUCAAAGUCGAAGCUUUCUCCAUCGCUGCCAAUUGUGCAAGAUUUGAAGCUUGCACAAAAUCCUGCCGGCUCCAAAUGCGAAAUCCAUUUUCAUUGCCACUCCGAUAGCUGGCCCCAAAUGGUCAAGCGGCGCUUUUCCCCAAAAAAGGCCACGAAAUUUAAGUUUGAAGUCUAACAGAGUUAACAGAACUGCUAACAGCGGGUUAGCAGCGGGACUCCUGUCGGAACUCCGAAUGCGUACUCUGAAUCCGAACCGUGGGCGUGCGCUUUGUUUAGGGUGUGUUCUUCAAUAGUGUGUGUGCCAGUCGUAAUUGUGUUCCUCAGUCCUGUUGACCCAGUUGGAAGUCCGGAGCGAUUCGUCUGUUUCGUGGACCAACUUGUUUCCAUUUCGCCUUUAAUGUGUCGCCGCUGCCGCCGUCGCAUCCGCAGUGAUACACACACAGCUAAAUGAGCAAGGAGUGGUCGCCACUCGGGCUCCACCUUUGCGGCUUCUGCCAGUGCCCGCUAACCGAAUCCAAGCCCUUUGUAUGGCUGCCAGUGUUGUGACCGCUGCCGCUUGAGCAAAGCAGGGGAAACGAACGAAUCCGCCAAGGAAAGUCAAUUACAUAAUGUGCUUGCUUCGUAUUUAGAGCCUGAGAGUCCCGUAGUAAGUCCCAAGAAAAGAGCCUGCACUAUGUUCUCAUGCUGUCGAGCUAAUGCCAAGGCAGGCAAAAAGGAUAAAACCAGCAAGGACACUGAAGAGGGCGCUGAGCCGCAGCAGGGAGAACCGCAGCUAAAUGGUAAACCGGAGAAGGAGCCGCUUAAAGAGUCACAAAAGGAGUCGCCGCUGCAAGAGCCUUGCGUUAAGGCAGAAAAACCAACUGAAGCGGAUAAUCCGACAAAGGAGGAAGAGGCCCAGCCAAAGACCGACACUACUGUCAAUCCUACUCCGACUGAAGCUGCUAAUAAAUCACCAACUCCAGCGCCAACACCAGCACCGGCACCAGAGCCAGCACCUGAACCAACUGUAGAGACAGAAACAUUAGCUCGCUCCACGCACUCCUCUACAUCCACGGCACCACCUGCUUCAAUGACCAGCGCCGGGGCGGAUGAGGAGGAUGAUGUAGUGGUGUCGGCAGUUACGGCUACCACACCGCCACCCCAACCGCCGCCUACGAAGAGCUGCCUUUCCAGGCACAACUCCACACAUCAGUCAAUCAAAAAGAAGGUGAACAUCAGCAACCGGGCGGAGAUCAUUGAGCCCGAACCGCUGCCUUUGCUCGUGAUUGCUAGCCAAAAUCAGGGCUCGCUUCUGGACGAUGACGAGGUGUUCUCCGACUCGCUGCCUCCACCGAAGCGGGAGAGCAUGUGUGCGCCGUAUAUCGAGGGGGAUCUCGUGUCGGAGACACUGGCCUUUGCCCACGGACUGCCCUCCUGGUUUAACGACGAGCGACUUAACGAGAUCGGCUGCAUCGAGCCACCGGUCACGCCGGUGGGACGCGACGAGCUGGAGUUGAAGCGCCAGCGCCUCUACACGGAGCUCCUUCGAGCCGCUCAUGCGGCUGUGGAGCACAGCGUGGCCGUGCGGGCAACGCGCUCAUCUUUGAGCCAGUGA